AUUUAGAACUUUGCAGAAAAUUAAACUUUUAUAAUAAAAUAUUGAAAUUAGUUUUUUGUUUUUUUUCUCAAUAUUUUCUUGUAAAGAUUUUAAUUUUCUGUAUGAAGUAUAACAAGUUGCCUAGUAGAAUGGAGGGAAGGUUGGGACGGAAAGAAGAUGGAAGAUUAGAUAAGGGAGAAGAGAAGAGGGCCGGAAGAUCAGAGCUGAGAAUAGUAUCAUCUCCAUUAAAACGAGGACGGGAUCGGAAAGUAGAUCUGCGUGAAAAGUUGCGUAAAAAUGCUGGUACGCUUGAUGAAGAUAAAAGCCAGGUUACCGUAACCCAGCCCUUGAAGGAGCUUGAGAUGGAUCCUAGCACACUAGAACGGAGACAACGGGAUAUCACAUACGGAAAGAAUACCAAGGACUAUUCAGCUUAUAGAGAUCUUGUAGAGAAGGAGAAAAGGACUUCUGAUAUGCCUCGUACACCAGACAAGUAUAAGAAGUUCAGCAGGAGAAGAUGGGAUGGUCUGGUUAAAACAUGGAAACUUAAUAUUCACAGAUUCGUCGAGUCUCUGGCAGUGAAGGAGGAAGGAGAGGAAGGAGAACUAGAUGUUAAAGAAGAAGAAGAUAUAAUGGAAGCAGACUCUAGGGAGGAUGUCAAGGAUAAUUGGUCGAUGCGACCUCCACUAACCUCUAACAGUAGCUGGAUAGAGGAAAUAGAAGAGGAGGAGAAAAUUCGCAGCCGACUGUCCUCAUGUGAAUCUUCUGAUCAGGGUAUCAGCUGCCAUACAUCAAGAUCUGUCACCCCAACCAUAGUAGAAUCUAAAUUCGACGCUAAACCCGGGAAAAUCGGCAAUGUGGACGGUAUGUUGGAUGAUGAAGGACGACAGAUAGAUUGGAUUGAAUAAGAUACUUGGAAAUGGAAAAUAUUUGUGCUAUUAUUUUUUGUAAAAACUCAGUUUCAAUUUUUUAUGUUAUAAUGGGAUAAAAAAAGGUCUGAAAGAGAAAAGGCUUUUCUGGUUAAAGUCCUUUAAUUUAUCCCUAUUAUAUCCCCCCCCCUUUUUGGAGAGAAACUACACUAAAAAUACAUACCCUUCUACUAAAAUAGACGUUGUUCAAGUUGAAAACCAUUUCUUAAAUUUCUUAGUUCUCAAUUGUUGUCCAAACGAAAAGUAUGUUUCGUUCUGUAUGUUUGUAUUUUUAUGCAAUUAAAAUCGUAUUUUUA